GCUUUUUAAAUAUUUGCAAAAAUUGUCAAUAAAUCACAUCAAUUGACGAGAGAAAUGCCAUUUUGGAUAAAAUAUUUGAUUCGUUUAUUAAUUGCAAUGUAGUUAUGGACGAAGAGAUCAUACAUUCAUGGCUUUCAAGAAUCCAUUUUGAAGAAUAUGUAAACAACUUCAUCCGCGCGGGUUAUGACAUGCCCACCAUCUCUAGAAUGACACCUGAGGAUUUGACGGCAAUUGGAAUAACAAAACCACAAAAGAGACAAAUCCUGAAGACAGAGAUCCAAAAACUGAGUAUCGCUGACGGCAUCCCAUCUUUCAAACCAAGCUCACUGUUGGAGUGGUUGAAGAUUUUGCGUUUGGAGGAGUACUUUGCGAUUCUGUGUCAACAGGGAUACGACUCGAUCGAUAGGGUGACAGAGUUAGCCUGGGAGGACCUCGAGGAGGUCGGCAUCACUAAACUU